AUGGCAUCAGCGUGCCCUGCGACCGCAGCAGCACCGGCUAAGGGAGCUGUCGACGCGGUGCCUGCGGUGGUAAUGCGACUAAUGGCAGACCAGCAUUGCGCCUACUGCGGCGCGCUCCUCUCUACUCAGGAGCAACUGGAAUGGCUCGAUGUGACCUUGCGGUGUACGCAGAGUGGGCCGGCGCGGCAGCUGGUCUUCAAGGCUGCUUUGAUGACCCACUGGCACUGUGGCCCAGAUACGUUAACUGUGUACGAAAGCGCCUCUGGUGGCGGUGGUGGUGGCAGCGACGACGAGCAAGCAGUGGCUGCUUCUUCUGCAACGAAUUACCUCAUCGCGGCGGCUGUGGCCGACGUGACAGCGAUUGUUCACCGCUGGGUAUUGCAAGAGGCAGAGGUGCUCGAGGAGUCGGCAGCAGCAGCGUUGUUCAACCACGGGGACGACCUAGCGCGGCGCGCAGUUCUCCUCGGAGAUGUUGGCCGGCUGCUGGCGAACGUGAGUCGCGCCUUUAAUAGUGUACCUGGUGGCCCGUCCGCAGUGGAGGCGCUGUUUGCCGCGGCUCGCGCUGCUGUAACGUCAGCGGGGCUACGCCUCGAGCGUGGCGCUCAGCUUUCGAGUACUUCGUCGCUGUUCAGCGCCGCAGCUACAGCUGCUGCGCUAACGUCUGCUGGGAUGCCAGCUCCGUGCGACGACUCUGUCGUUGGAGUUGCAGCACUCUCUCGCUCUGCUUUACUGCCUGAGCUCCAGUCUUGCACGGAUGUCGAGCGUCGUCUUGCGCGGCUGCACGGCUGGCUGGAGCUACUUUGCACAUGCCCUACAGAACUCGUAGCAGACGAGCAGUAUGUGGUCGUGUGGUUGUGUGUGUUGAUGCGGCAUGUGGAGGAGAUGCACGGAUACGCGCGAGAAGGAUCUGCUCAGCUCAGCGAGGCACGGCGGCAAGCUGGGGAAGCGACGCACCAGGCGGACAGUGCGAUCGUCUCUUGUCGUGUUGGAGCGGUGUCUGACGGCGGCGGCGACGAUGGGUGGCGGUGCCAGUGGUCGCUGGAGACCGAAGAGGCUGCUGUACGUCGUGUCGCGCAGUCCCUCAGCAGCCAGCUGUGGUCUGUGCUGCCUGCAUCGUCGCUGUUGCCGCCCAUGCUGCUGAACUGGUUGCUUGCACGGGGUGGCGCGCGAACAUGGGGCGACGCUGUACGCACGCUGCGAGCGUCGGCAGACGCUGAUGGCGGGCUUAAGGCAGAACACGCUGGACGGCGCUUCUCGCUGCUCCUGCUACCGCUCAAUCGCGUCGUGUCGGUGAAGCACGUUGUGCGGGUGCUGCACACGCUGCGGGCGGUGGAGGAGCGAUGCGCCGCUUCCGCUACUCCUGCGGCAGCAGCAUAUCGAUACAGCGGACACCGCGACCUUAUACACCUCUACAGAAGCGCCCCAGCCGCCGCUUGA